CGUUCGUUUUCAAUCAGCUCGGUUGUCUGCUGUCUGUCAAUGCAAGAUGUGUGAAAAAUGUCGGUCAAGUGUGUGUUAUUUUUGCAGUAUAAUUUAAACAAUCCUCUUGGGUUUUUAUUCCAUCAAUAAAUGUCUUCUAUGAUACAAAUUUUAAGUGUUAUUCAAUUAAUCUAGUUUUCAUAACAAUAAAGGAAAAUGGCUCAAUCUUCUCAAACAUUUUUAGGAACUUGGGAGAUUGCCAUGUGCAUAAUACAGCCAUGUUCCGGGCCUAGUAACCCAGACCCAACAGGCAUCGAGGGGACGGUGAUGAAGCUGGACGAGGGAGGGGAUGUGACGUGGACAGUGUCUCCCGGUGCAGAGGGUCUACCAUUGGUCAGCUGUGAGACCUACGAUGUCUUCCACACGUCCGUGUCGAACGUGAUAAUCCGCUUUGGGGCCUACCAGGGUCACGUUAUAGAGUUCAGGGUGGACCAGACUGAGUCACCAGACCAGAUGCUGAUGACUUGUGAAGGUUGGUGUCUGCUACACUGUCGCAGGACAACUACCUCGGAACCUGGGAAUGCCAUGGAUGCAUCGUUCAGCCUCCUGCCUGCGCUUGAGGACGGCUACUUCUCUGACCUAACCAUUGUUGCCAGCAACGACAAGAAGUUUGCUGUCCACUCGUGCAUUCUACAGCUGAGUGCCCCAGAACUGGACUGGACUGCCGAGCCCCCGCCACUGUCAGGCCUGCGAGAGGAUGUGGUGGGCACCGUGUUGCACUACCUGUACGCCGAGUGUCUGCCCGCCAAUCUGUCCGAAGCCACGGCUCGCCAGUGUAUCAGUGCAGUUGCCAGCUACCCAAGCCUUACACCCUUCACCACACUUUGUCAGCACUACCUGCGUAACAUGGCGCUCAAACAGCAGAUUGUAUCCCUGGUGAGUGACAUGCACACAUGUGCCAGCCAUAUCAUCCAACAUCUCAGCAGCAAACCAGCCCCGGCCAGUGACAGUCUCAAUACCAACCCUGCCAAGUUGUGUUUUGUCGUACGUCAGUCAUUACGCGAGGCUGCUGUCGCUGGUGUCAAACUGGUGGUGCUGUGUGACCUGUUCUCCAAACGCAAGGGAGAGCUGACGCGAGAGCAGCGACACGAGAUCAUCCGAUACGCCAAGUCCAGGUUGCCAGUGUUCAUGAAUCAGCUGCACAGGUUCCUGGUGGGCCUCAAGACAACGUUGAGCAGCAUGUCGUCGGCCCAGCGUCAGGAGAUCGCCACAUACCUUGUGCCUGAGAUAGAGACUGUACUAGAGACAUUGUCUUCCUUGGGAAUGAAGAUUAAAGUGGCCCUGGAAAGCAUCUUAUCGACUUUUAACGAAACUACUACGAGCCAUAGACAUUGCAAUCUUCUUACUAGGACGCUUCACGAGGUCUUGCACAAACGUGAUCUAAACAAACUGAAAACCUUGCUGCAACGGCACAACCACAAUCUUUUCUUGUUGUUGCAGCGGAAAGAGGGAUUUAAUGAGAUGACCAGUGGCAACAAGGUGCGCAGUGUAUCGCGCAGCUUAGAGCAGCUGGUGGAGGAGUUGCCUGUGUUCUUGUUGCGUCUGGAGGAGGUAACAGCGGCUCUUGACGACAAGUUGGAAUGGCGCGAGUUCAAGUUCUGCUUCAAGGUCGGCUCAUCCAAAGUCUCCGGGGUACUGCAGCGACUGCUAAAUCACUGUGCUGUGGUGCAGCCAGUUCUGGCGCAGCUGUGCAGUCUCGUGGCCAGGGAUGCGUUCACUCAGGCGCUCGCCAGCCUUGGCCUGGUCGACCCUGUCAAGUGUUCCUCUCACGACAAUAACCACUCCACCCCCAAUAAGACACAUGCGCAUUCUACUCCCAAACAUCAUGGCUACAAGUUGAACCUGGUGGAAUGCCUGUGUGUGCCGCCGCUGUCUCGCAACAGUCGACUUUCAGCCGCAGCAAUCCAGUUGCUGCGGUCAGGGUCUGGAACGGAUAUGGUCUUUGAGGUUGUUCCUUCCCCAGAGGGAGGAGAGAGUGUCAUCAACCAAGUGGGGGUUGAGGUGGCCAGUGGGGUGGUGCCAGGAGAGGAGGCCUGCAGUAUUAGUGCUCAUAGGGUAGUGGUGGCGGCGCGAUGUGACUGGUUCCGCAGAGCACUAUUAUCAGGCAUGCGGGAGGCCAUAGACAGGAAGAUCACAGUGUUUGACACGUCGCCAUCGCUGUUCUCCGUGCUGUUAGACUAUCUGUACUGUGGUCGUCUGGACACUGGAAGCUUCUCGGUAGACCAGCUGGCGGACCUGAUGUUGCUGGCGGACCGCUACGAGGUUGACUCGCUCAAGACCGCCUGUGAACAUGGCCUAAGCACACACAUAGACCAUGACUCAGUCCUGUAUUUCCUGAGCAUGGGCGAUCAGUUCAACGCUAAACACCUUCGGAGUUCAUGUUUGAAUUUUAUAUCACAAAAUCCAGACAUCAUGGAUUCUGAACUGUUUGAAGAACUGCCUCAAAACUUGCAAGCUGAGAUUUACGAUCUAGUCAUUUGGGCUUAUCCUCCAAGCAAGGUGGGGGACAAGCUGAGUGCCGUGCAAGAGAUGACGGCAAAUCUUCAGUUGUCUCAGUGUGACGCAGAAGGAGAAGGGGAGGUGUCUGGACAGGACUCUGCGCGGCUGGAGGCUUGUCUGCGCGCGCUACGAGAUGUCAUCGGCGAGGAGGCGGCUUCCCGCCAACAGCUGGUACAAGUGGCGCUGGCUGCAGACUUUGACCUCAACCGGGCCCUCAACUUCUACUACUCGUCUUGAGACACUGCGUGGACUAGUUAACUGAGCAACACCAAGUAGACCAGUCUUGGGCCGUCACUGGAUGAAGGUUGGAGUGCCAGUUUUUGUUAAAUAGUCUUCUUUGCUCAUUGUAUCUACAUAACUUGCAUUGGUGGGGUGAGAGCUGAACAAUACUAGUUAAACUUGUGGCAUCAUCAUUACAAUUGAUUCGGUUGAAUAGUCAAUCUCUGUGAAGUUAACAAGUUGAACUUCUGUUAAAAUUCUUGCAACAACCAUAACACUUCCAAUAUAUUUUAAUUGUUGGGUGUUUUUUAUGGGGAUUUAAUUGGUUUUACAAUAUCAUUUUGGUCAGUUUGAUUGAUUCUGUUUCCUAUAAAAGAUGUUGCAAAAAUAAAAGUAUGUGAUAUCCAUGAAGGUGUUGAAUUGAAAAGUUAAUUUCAAACUAACAUGCAACAACCAUGGAUUUUUGAAAUCUUAAAAAUUGUCAUUAAUAACAUCAUUUAGUACAGGCUCCAGUAUUUUGCCAGGUUUGUUUGGUGCAUAAUUCUGUCCCACUUUCAAUAUUCAUCUAAUUAUUUCUUUCUUUACUAUUCCUAUAUCUCUCUUCUUUACCCUGUAUUCCAAAUGUGCCUUAACCAACCUCUAUCAUCCGUCCUGUUUCUUAUGAGGUUCCUUCUUCAUUCUUUCACCUAAAUCAUUCUAUCUAUAUUGUAAUAAUUCUACAAUCUCAUACAUACAAUCAAUCAUUCAGUUUCCAAGUUAUAUUGUCUCUCUCUCUCUCUCUCUAUAACCCUCAUCCUUCUGUGUCUAAUUUAUAUUACUGUUUUCUUCGGCUCUUGUGUUCCAAAUCUUUGUUUUAUUUUCCAACAUUGUCACAUAAUAAAUCCUUUUAUAUUAUAAAGGUUAUUAAAAUAAUUGGCAAAAAUGAAUUUAUAUAUUUUAUGUUGUCAGCAUUUUCCAAGAAAUAGAUUUUAAAUUGAGGAUUUAAAACAUUUUGCGAUAAAACCGUUUCAGCUAUUUAUGUAAGAACUUUGCGAUGAUGGUGUCCCAUACUUGGUAUUCUGCUGGGAAUAUUUCAGCACUUGCCCCACUGUUGUAUACCGUCUCACCAGCUUGUAGUUCUCACUUCUAGACAUUCACUUCUUGCUAAACUGAAAUUCUAGUCCAUCCCAUUGAUGGUAUUCGAGUGAAGAAAAUCAAUCAGUAUUAUUUAACUGUUUCUUUUGUGAUGUAUAUGAUUAAUAUUAUCGACUUGAUUUAGACUUCUUUUAGGUUUAGAGUGCCACUGUUGACUUGUACAUUGUUGCAUUCAGUCAUAAUGUUUAACAUGGACGUAAUGUUUUAUUUGCCGUUGUGCCCUGGUGUGAUCUUUAUAUCUUGAGUUGUUAACAAUUUAAUUUCUCCAUUCUCCAUUCUUACUGCUUUGAUCGAAAUCUGUACCAUUUUUUAGCCUGUUUGAUUUAAUAUAAACCAUUUUAUAUAAACAUAUAAAUCAUCUUAUAAAAUUUAUCGAAGUUUCACUUUAUAAACCAUUUAUGAAGCACAAAGCACGGAUGUACUAUUCAAAUGAUAUAAGUAAUUAAUUAAACACAAGUUUUGUAUGUUGACCUCUGUGUUAACAUUUUUGAUAACUGAGUGUGACAACAGUUAGCGUAAGGGUUACAGUUUGUAAGAUUGUAAAGUUGUUUUUCUCUUAGACAUUUCCUUUGUUCUUUGGAAGCGAAUCGAGUUUGUGAACGUUUUUAUAAUGACAAGUUGUAUAAUGCUUCACCAGUUUUUAUAUAAGAGUUAAUUUUAGUCUUAAAACUUAAAACCUGUUACUUAUGAUAUUGCAAAAUCAAAAGUGAAAUGAUAUCGGCUGUUACUUUUAAAUACCUAAUACUGUAUUGUUAUUAUUUAUUUAUGUAAGCAUGUGCCUAUAUUACUUUGUAGUGUAAGUCAAAGAUGUGAUCCCUUUUUCAAAUGUGUUCUGUAAAUAUUUUGUCAUUUGAGGUGUGCAAUAUUACAUCGAAGGCCUAAAUCGUGGGCCUAUUGAAAGCAUUUGCGUCAACGGAAACUUAAAAUUUUGCCACCAUGUAAAAUUGUUGAAUCAGCUGAAAUUAAUGUAAUACAGUAAGUGGAAUAGGACUUAAUGUCCGAAUGAAUCCAUCAUAAGGGAACUAUAUUUGGUUUAUAAAGCAAUCUAAUGUGUACUUAUUAUUCCUGGUCAGCAUAUUUAAGUACUGCAUGAAUCCACCGGCUUUUUGCACAAUUUAAAGGCGUCAUAGUUGAAUGUGUGAAACUGUUUAAAUGAAGAGGUCUAUACCUGUUAUUAUAUCAAACUGCACAUUGACAUGGUGACUACACUUUGAUUCGAUGCAUAUUUAGAAACCUCAUAGAGUAAAUGAUACGGGUUUCAUUGACGGAAAUGAAUAUUGCGACUUUAUGUAGUUCAAUAAAUUAUUGGCUGUCAUAAUUUGAUCUUAUUCAAACAAUCUGUAUCAAAGUAAAGUAAAAUGUGUCAAAUGUUGUUUUACGUGCAUAAUAAUUAUUGUUUCUGAUAAACAAACCAUUGUAAUUGUUGAUUAAUAUAUAAACAUUGAAGAUUCCAUCUUAAAUUUAAUAAUCAUUCCACUUGUUUUAGUUCAUCUUGAUAGCUUUAUUAUAAUAGUUUGUAUUGGUUGAAAUAUUCUAUGUGUUAUAUAUUUUUUGUAAUUAUUUAUUUAUUUAAUGUUUGUUGUUGAUUAGAAAUCUGAUAUAUUUUUGUGAUAUAGUGUUGUUCAUCUUUCAGUCUGUACCUAUAAAGUGAAAAUUAAUCUUAUUUGAUAUAUAAAUAUAUCUAGCUCUAGCUCCACAUUUAUAUGUUUUAUGAUGUUGUACGAUUGAUUAAUAGUACUAUGACGAUUAUUAAAAUACAUUGUUCUAUUUA